UCCAGCUUGGCUGCGUUGUUUGGGGACAGUCCGAAGAUGGCGACGGCCCAGCUGUAUUGCGUCUGCCGGCAGCCGUACGAUGUGAGCCGGUUUAUGAUAGAAUGCGACAUUUGUAAGGACUGGUUUCACGGCAGUUGUGUUGAGGUAGAAGAGCACCAUGCCGUGGACAUUGAUGUUUACCACUGUCCAAACUGUGAUGUCCUCCACGGACCCUCACUGAUGAAGAGGCGAAACAACUGGCACAGACAUGACUAUACAGAGCCAGAUGACGGCAGCAAGCCAGUGCAAGCUGGCACUUCAGUGUUUGUGCAGGAGCUGCAGGCCAGGACCUUUCCCAGUGGGGAUGAAAUCUUGGAGCGAAUGCAAGGCAGUCAGGUCACCCAGCGGUAUUUUGAGAAGCACGGCUUCCGCUAUCCCAUUGCUGUGCCCAAAAUGGAAGGGCUCGGACUCCAGUUACCUCCGCCGGAUUUCUCAGUCAAGGAUGUAGAGCGCUACGUUGGAGGCGACAAAGUGAUUGACGUCAUCGAUGUGGCCCGGCAAGCAGACAGCAAGAUAAAACUGAGCACAUUUGUGAAGUAUUUCUACAGCCCAAAGCGGUCAAAGGUGCUAAACGUCAUCAGCCUGGAGUUUUCAGACACCAAGAUGUCAGAGCUGGUGGUGGUGCCCGAUAUUGCCCAGAAGAUGUCUUGGGUGGAGAACUACUGGCCUGAUGACUCUUACUUUCCCAAACCCUUUGUGCAGAAGUACUGUUUAAUGGGCGUUAAAGACAGCUACACUGACUUCCAUAUUGAUUUUGGGGGCACGUCUGUGUGGUACCAUGUAUUGUGGGGAGAGAAGAUUUUUUACUUGAUAAAGCCAACCCCAGACAACCUUGCACUAUAUGAGGAGUGGAGCUCGUCCCCCAGCCAGAGCGAAGUGUUCUUCGGGAAGAAAGUGGAUAAGUGCUACAAGUGUGUUGUGCGGCAGGGAACAACACUUCUGAUCCCCACAGGAUGGAUCCAUGCAGUUCUCACCUCUCAGGAUUGUAUGGCUUUUGGAGACUUCCUCCACAACCUCAACAUUGGCAUGCAGCUCAGGUGCUAUGAGAUGGAGCGACGUCUUAAGACUCCAGACCUCUUUAAGUUUCCUUAUUUUGAGGCCAUUUGCUGGUAUGUUGCCAAGAAUCUACUGGAGACACUCAAAGAAUCUCGAGAAGAGAACUGCCUGCCUCCAGACUACCUGAUCAAGGGAGUGAAAGCUUUGAUUACUGCACUGAGGAACUGGUUAAAGAGAGAGGUCACGGAGCCAGCCAGCGAGGUCCCUGACCAUAUCAGACCCAAUCAUCUCAUUAAAAUGCUCACAAAGGAAAUCCACUACCUUGAGGAGUAUCAGAAUGGGAAUUGUGGAAGCAAGCCAAUGAAAUCUCAGGAAAGCUUAACAUGCCCAUCAACAAGGUCAUCGCACGAGAGAGGGUCUCACGCACGCAGGAACGCCAGACGUCUUCGUGACCACCACCAUCACCACCAUCAUCAUCAUCACUCUCAUGGCCCCAAAGUCCCCUCCAACCUAGACAUCUAUGAGCAGCACACUCAAGAAGUCUUAAAACGACUGGAGAUGGGUCCUUAUGAGGAGGAUGCGACCUUUAACUUAAAUGUCAACGGCAAGUUCAACAAGGUUUCCACAGCAUCGGCUGCAAUGGCAGAGCAGAGUUUGGGCUGUGACCUGCGUCUCGUGCUGUGCAAUGGGCGUAUUAUCAGAGAUGACAGGCAGCAUCUUCGAGAAAAGCGAAUGAGGAUUAAGGAAGAGGAGGGUUCCAGAGAUCUGAAGAGGGAUUCACUCAAGAUUAAGAUUGUAGCAAAAGAAGAGGAACAGGAAAUGGAUAUUCAGAUGAAAGAGGUGGUGCAAGAUGAGCACAGUCAUGUCAUCAGUGAAGUGAAGCACCUGUCCUUCAUAGAUCUUAGUAAAAGAGAAUCAGAACAUUCAGAGGUCUCAUCAGACUCUGAAUCAGAGGAGUACACAUCACGGAAAAAGAACUGCUCCGAGGAGGAAUCCGAAAGCUCGUCUGAGGAAGAAGAUGAAAAUUCAAUUAGGCAGAAUGGAGACGACCGAAAUGAGACCAAAUGUAGCUCCAGCUACACGACAGACAUGCUUCACUCCAGAGAACGACUGGAUAAUUUUGAGAAGUGUCUUAAAAGUGAUCCCGCUGCCUCACCAAGCGCAGAAGAGGAUGCCAUCCAGGGAAUGCUUUCUAUGGCUGGUCUGCUGUAUACUCACCAAUCAAAGGAUCCCACCAGUUCACAAGAAUUCUGGUGGUCCAGAACCAACCAUCCCUUCUCUGACUACAAUAGAAAGGAGGUUGUAACAGGAGAGGAGAACCAGGAUUCAGACAGCAGCUCUUCCAUGAGCAAUCAGGAGGAGUUAAGGGAGCGUAAGCAUUCAGGAGAAGGAGGUUGUCAUGCCAAACUCAAGCAUAGGAUCCAGGAACACAAGAACUUCAUGGACAGUCAGGACAGUGGCAGCAACAGCAGCAGUGAAGCUUGGAGCAGUCGCACACACUCCCCAACCAACGAUGAAGACAGCCCCACAGUGCGUUACCAAUACUGUGAGACAUCUCUAUCGCCACCCCUACAUCCCUCAAAGAGGCCUGCCGCAAAUCCCCCACCAAUCAGCAAUCAGGCCACCAAAGGUAAACGUCCUAAGAAAGGCAUGGCCACAGCUAAGCAGCGAUUGGGCAAGAUUCUUAAACUAAGCAGACACAACCCCUUCUUCUUGUAGAUCUGAUGAUAGCAGCAGCUCAUUCAGAAGAUUUGGGAUGCUGAGAGUGCAUGCUAGUGUUCGUGUAUUCACACAAACUCUCACAGAGAUUGUGUUUUUAUGGUGACUGGGUAUAAACCCAUGGUUCUACACACUGGGUCAAAAGCAUGGAAUUGGAUACCAAUCAACCUGAAAAAUUUGGUUCUUCGCGGCUAAGAAGCUCCAGAACAACAUAAAAUGCACUUCAACCAACAUGGAUAAGGAUUACUAUAUUUCUGUUUGUAUGUGUCCAAAGAAACGAGUCACCUGAAAUGAAAUAAGACAACAAGGAAAUAAAACCACAUUUUGUUCUCAGAUAUGAUAUCCAAAAUCUCAUUUGCUCUACAAAAGCAAAGAUUAGCAUGAUGCUAGGCUUCUGCCCUCUUUUUUACAUUGAAAUCUCCAUGACACCUUAAAAUAUAAGGUGGCAAUUACUCGAUGAAAUGAUUUCAUAAAGGUGCUUGACUAUUUUGUCUUGUCAUUCUGUGACUGCAUUCAACUCUUUCCUAUCAAACGUUCCUCCAUACACUUCCUCAGAAGAUUAAAAUCACCAUAGGAUGAUGAACCUGCAUCUCUGUCAAUCAAUGGACUGGGUUUCACAUUUUGAGAGAAAUUAAAAAAGAAAAAUUUAUAUUUGUGAGCAUUUGUAUUCAUCUUGUAUUGUAAUAUUUUAUAUUGCGUGCCAACUGCGAAGGAGCUCUGUGUGGUUAUAUUUGGUUCUCUAUUGUCACCUAGUGGGCAUCUGGAGACUGACUCUUAAAUGGAACAAAUGUACCUGGAGGAAAGAGAGAAGACAUUUCCCCUUAAUUUAUUCCAGUUUUUAUGUUGGCGCUUGAUCUUUUUUCUUUUCUCUCUUUUUAUGUACUUUUAUACAAAAUGUAUUUAUUGCUUAUGAAAGAGAACAAUUACUUUAUUUAAUUUGAGCAUUCAUUUGAGCAUUGUUAGAAGGUGUGUUUGAAUUUGGGGUUAUACAGUGCAUUGGGAAAAAAGAUAUUUGGUGCAUGGACUCAACCAAUUAUUAUUAUUAUUAUUUUUAUCAGCCAUAUCUGUAUCUUGCACUGUGGGUAAGAGCUAAAUCAGUCUUUGGUAUACUAGCAGUAUGUGUUUUGUAAUAAGAAACAAUAUUUAAUCAAACUACCUGCCCUGUAUGUUUCCAUUCUAAUCUGUUAAAACCAAUGUCAUUUUACCUCAAGGUGUCUUGUUCUUAGUAUUUGGGGGGUAAAUAAUGAAUCUGGUCUUUAGAAAAUUUUGUUUGAAGUUUGUUUAAACCGAUUGUGUCACCUCCUGUUACUUUCCAAGUAUCUUGUUUAAUCAACGUUGUUGUUCUCCACAAGUAUAAAGUUUUGAUGUCUCGUCAAAUUCUGAAGCAUUGAAACACUGUCUGAACUGGUGCUGUGUAUAGUGAGAAAAGAAAUUGAGAUUUCACAGAGUGUGGGAAAAUUUUUACCUUUUUUUUAUGUUGAAAUGUAUUUGGCUACUCAUCUUUUUACAAAGAAUUGAAUAGAGUAUUUAUUUUUGUAAAAUAAGUCUUAAUCAACAGAGAAUUUUUGCAAUUAAUUUUUACCAACAAUGUGUGUUAGUCACUAUUGAAAGAUGGUGACAGCCUCACAUUUUGUAAGAUAUAUAUGUGUGUGUGAUUUGUUUUUUUAGGUAGUUUACUCUGGUUUUGCUUGGUGUGAAAGACCUCAGGUAAUUGUCAAGUUAGAGCUCAAGCUUUUGGAUUCCCUUUGAUGAAUGCCAAAUACUGUAAUCGUAAAGGUCAGGUCUGUCUUGCUUUCAGUUAAAUGAGCUGUUUUAUCUAAACUGAUAUGCCUGUAGUUAAAGUAAAGUUUCAAUAUAUGUCUGGUUACCUGUGGUAAUUAUUCCCAUUUAAGAAAAUUAUACAAUAUAAUUUUGUUUCUUUUUUUUCCCAUUUUGUAAAAUGUUCUCAUUAAAACAUUUCUGCAACUCAAGCUUGCAUAUCCUACAAAACCUUACAGGCAAUAACGCACAUUCCACUGGCUUCCAGGUCUUUCAUGAUGGAUUUAAUUCACUUUGCAGCUAAAAUGACUUGCUGAGGUACAGGAAUAGCAGCUCAGGACAUUUUCUGAUGGACAGAUUUCAUACUGAUUAUUAAGGGCUUAGAUGGAAAGGCUUCAAUCAUCCCAACGGUGGACACAGUUGUACCAGCACUUCAAAUCUCUUAGUCAUUGUGAAAUACUUUUGAGUAUUGUAAUGUACUUUGAAUGAAGUUUGGACAUUUUGAACAUCCUUUUAAUGUAUGCCAUCGGCCAAGGUAUUCUAAAAUGAUUUAUUCCAGAUAUACAUUUUGAAAACUAUCAGGCCAUUUAUGUAGCACCUGUUGUUUCCCUUAAUAACUGAUCCUAAUUUGUUAUGGUGCUAUUUGUCUGACCAGGAUUUGGGCCAAAGUGCAUAUGAAUUGCAUUUGGAAUAUUGUUGCUCACACCUUGAUUGGGGUGAGAUGUUUGUUUGAGGGAUUGGAGGAGCUUUUUCUUACAAAAAAAUAAAUAAAUGCUGCACUGCACUAACCAUGUCCUGCAUAGCGAUGUUACACUACACUGUUUUUGUUACUUUUCAUAUUUUAAACACAAAAUAUCUAAAUAUGCUUCAUAAAAGUUGGAAACAUUGCUGGCCUGCAGGCAGGGUUUGUACCAUGCAGUACUUGUACAGUAUUUAUUUGGCAUUCUUGGUUAUGUUUUCCAUUUUCUGGUCUUGCAGUCAAUAAUGUGUCUUUGUUUAUGGUGUGUGCUUUAUCAUUUUCAAUGCCCUAAGCUGUUCAAAUUUUAUAUGGUCGUAUAAUUUUGUUUAAUAUUUUGAGAUAUUGAAAUCCACAGCUAUGGCUCUUUGAAUUGGUAUUUUCAGUUGUACAAUGUGGCCUGUAUAUAUUAAAAGUUCUAUGAGUGGCUAUGAUGUUUCUCUGUGUUAUUAGUUAAUGGAUAUUUAAAGGGAUAGUUCACCUAAAAUAUAUUAUUCUCUAAUUUUUUUUCUCACCCUCAUGUCAUCCCAUAUGUUUAUAACCUUU